AUGGCGACGGUCGAGCCCGUUCCCGCGCAUGUGGCUGGCACGUUCGACAUCGGCAUGUUCGAAUGUAACAAGCACAAGGCCUGCGCCGACGGCAACGCGUGCGUCUGCUGCAUCGCGCACAUUGGCCCGACUUGCUGCUUCUACACCGACCUCGAGGCAAAAGCGGGAGUCGUCAAUGAGUGCGGCCCGGACAACACCUUCUGGAUGCUAUGCUGCGCCACGCCGCUUCGCAUGGGCGGCUCUGCCUUCCCUCCUCUCCGCGUUGCCGGCUUCUGCUGCGAGGGGCAGGCCCUCCUCGCCACACGUCAGGCCGUGCUCGAGAAGUACAAAAUCCAGGAAGACCCGUGCGAGACAACGAUCUACGCCUUCUGCUGCGGCACGUGCGCCAUGGCGCAGCAGUCCAACCAGCUGAUGACCCACGAAGGCUUCGUCAUGGACGGGCCCCAGAAGGUCAAGAAGGCGGAGCCGCCCAAGCUCACCGAGAUGCCUCGCGCGUGA